GGCUGGGCAACAUUAAAAUCAAAACCGGAAACCCUCCUUCUCCUUUCCCUCUCACAAAACCCUAACCAGUGAGAUUCCUAAAUCUAGUCGAAUUUAAUUUCACGAUUUUAUCCCUAUCUAGGACUUUACUUCAAAGUCUGCUAAGCAAUCAGGGUUGAGAAUCAAUCAAUGGAUUAUGAUUAUGGUCAACACCGCACUCAGUUUGAAGGCAAUUUAGUAGCUUUUAAUGGCGAAGAAGAAGAAGAUGACGACUAUUAUGACGACAAUACGCAGCAACAACAACAUCAUUACAUGGGAAGCAGUGCAGGAAUCGGCAGAAAGCAAUCCCUAAAUCAUCACAAUCGUGAUUCGACCUCCUCUUCUUCUUCUUCUGCAGGAAAACUCUUUGUUGGUGGUGUCUCCUGGGAAACUUCUGAAGAGACAUUCACUAAUUACUUCAGCAAGUAUGGAGAAAUCACUGACUCUGUAAUAAUGACGGAUAGACAUUCUGGAAGACCAAGAGGGUUUGGAUUUGUGACAUUUGCUGACCCAGCAGCUGCUGAUAGGGUUUUGGAGGAAAGCCAUGUCAUAGAUGGCAGAGCAGUUGAAGUGAAGAGGACAGUUCCAAGAGAGGAUAUGGAGGUUAAAGGGGUUGUAAGAGCCAAGAAAAUUUUUGUUGGUGGAAUACCACCAGCUCUUUCUGAAGACGAUUUAAGGGAUUACUUUUCUGUUUAUGGCAACAUUAUUGAGCACCAAAUCAUGUUGGAUCAUAAAACUGGGCGUUCUCGGGGCUUUGGAUUCGUCACUUUUGAGACUGAAGAUUCUGUUGAACAGAUAUUUUCAGAAGGCAAGACGCACGAACUAGGAGGUAAACAGGUGGAAAUUAAGAAGGCUGUACCAAAAAGAGGUGGUGGUGACUAUGGCUCUGCUGUGAAGCCCCAUACUGGAUUCAGUGAUGGUGCAGGUGGAUAUGGUGCUGGCCAUAAUUCAGGGGCAAUGUAUGGUGGAAAAAUGUCCAGAGGAUAUGGUGGGUACGGCGGAUAUGGCAACUACAAUGGUUAUGGUGGCUAUGGUGGCUACGGAAGCAGUAAUGGUUUUUAUGGUGGCUACGGUGCUUAUGGUUAUGGAUUUGGGUUUGGUGGGCCCAUGAUGUUUGCCAAUGGUGGAUACGGAGGCAAUGGUUAUGGUCCUCUGAGUGGGUAUGUUGCCUCUGCCGGAUAUGGUAGUGGUAGGGGAUAUGGAAGAAGCAAUGACAGUAGUAGUUUUGGCAAUGGUAAGGGAUAUGGAAGUGGCGGUGCUGUUAAUGGUGGCCAUGGCAGUAGUAAGGGCUAUGGAAGCAGUGAGAAUGGCAGUGGUGCUGUUACAACCAGGUACCAUCCCUACCAAAAGUGAAGGGAGUAUUUAUUCUGAAAGGGCUGCUGCAUAUUCUGUUGUUGCAAAUGUUUGCUAACUGUAUGAGGUUUACUUGGUUAUAGAAUGGUUUUUCUAAUGUGAAAAGGCUAAAAUUACAGUAUAGUGUUGGAUUUUGCAGUGCUUGUACUCUAGGAUUAUAAUUAUUGGUUUAUUCAGGAAGUAAUUGAAAUUUGGAGGCGAAAAAAAAAAAAAAAAAAGUCUCUUGUUUCAAA